AUGCCACCCAAGGAAACAAGUCGUUCACCAUCUGUUGACCUCAACUUUGUCCUCGACGCGGAUGGUGAAGGCUCAUCGUCAGCAAGUACGCGGCAGCGUGCUUCAGCAGCGUGUCUGCAAUGCCGUCGCCUCAAGUCCAAGUGUCGCCGCAGCGGUGACGGGUCAUGCGACCGCUGUACGGCCCUGUCCAUCGAGUGCGAGGUUGUCAAGUCGCGCCGCGGACGUGUAUUAGGAUCGCGGAAUAAGAAGACAGGACUCGAGAAGAGCGUAGCGCAUGUCCAGGCCGCGCUGGACCGGAUCCGGAAGAGCGCACUAAGCCCUGCUGCCAUGGCUGAGGAGGUCGCACAGACGGAAGCCGAGAUGAGCGUCUUGCGGUCACCGAAGAGACGCCGCACGUCCGACCCCGACGUCGAGCCCGUCUCGCCACCAUACGACGCCGACCUCGUUGUCGACAGCGCACGCGCCUCGCCUGACCCUGAUGAACAUCCCCUCCGAGUCCUCUCCGAUAUCGGCUCCUCCCUCCGAGUCCUUUCCGACAUUGGCUCCUCCCUCCCGGCCGCAAGUGUUGGACACGGUGUUCCGGGGUGGACAGGCGCCCAGCUCGCCGCGGCAAGCGCACGGCGCAGGACAUAUUUCCGUCAUCGGCCAGGCGCGGCCAAGCGCGACGUCGCGGCCGUGUUGGAUCCAAUUUCAAGGGGUGUCGUGGAUGAGGAGUUUGCCACUCUGCUCGUGAGCCGGUACUUUGACAACAACGCACCUCAGAUCGGGUUCAUGGACCGUCACAUCCACACGCUCCCCAAUUUACGGGCGAGGAGUGCACUGCUCACCACCGCAGUUCUGGCCGCAGCGUCACUGAGUACCGAACGCCAAGUCGCACCAAGGCUGUACGCCCACGCUGAGCGGGUACUCAUGACUGUCCUCGCCCGGAAUGCCAAGAGUGCCGAGAUUGUACUCGGCCUCAUGGUGCUCCUUUUAUGGCCCAUAUGUCCAGCCCGUAUCGUGGAUGAUCGGAGCCGCAUGCUCCUCGCUCUGGCGAUUAACAUGGCGCUCGAGCUGGGACUGAACCGCCUCUCACCCAGCGAAGGAGAUGAGGAAACACAGCGGUUUCAUCGCGACAAGAUUCGCACCUGGUGCGCCCUCUUCAUCCAGGACCGUUCGCUGGCCGCGACAUCGGGAAAACCAUUUUUGAUCCACGAGUUUCCCGACGCGGCCGCGAUGCGGCGGUGGUUGGAACACCCGUUCGCAACGCACGGAGAUCGGAUGGUGGUGGGAUACCUCGAGUUGCGGCGGAUCGAGCGCGACGCACGCGACCAACUCCGCGCCGUCCCGCGCGCAUACCUGGCCAACGGGGUACGCGAGGGCACAAGCGUGAUGCUAGAGCAAUGGUUGGAUGAGUGGCUAACCCCCGAACUAGCGGCUGCAGAACCAAUGAACAUGAUGCGCGUGUUGCGGCAUCACAUCAACCUCCUAAUUAUCACGGCGAGUAAUGCUCCCCCAGAAGUGGUGAUACACAACGCUCGCGCCGAUCUCACCUACGUCCUCGAGGCAUUUGGAUUGCGGAUGCAACACAUCAUCCGCACAGUAUGUGGGAUGUUGAGCUGGGCCGCGGUGUUGCUACUACGAUUGGACCGGGCAGCGUCAACCGAGCUGGUCAAAAGCGUUGCGCUGGCCAUGGCACCUAGUGGCGACGGGCCAGACAGCUACGCGCAGUUCUACGGCUCGUUCCUCCUCGGUCUGUGUCUCGACGCGCCCAACGUCAACCAGAGCCCACUGGGAACUGACCUGCUGUCCCUCACAAACUUUGCGCCCAGCCUCGCCCAGCCAACUGUCCCCGCGCGCGCUCUGGAUCUGGGGUUCAACACUGCCCUGUUUGACGAUAUGCCCUUUGAACUGCCGCUAGAUAUGCCGCCCAACGACCUCGCGCCAAGCCUCGACUGGCUGCUCAACGAUAACACUGCCGCUGGCGAUAGCGCGUUAUGGGGCUUUGGAUCGGAUUGGGCAGGGAACGCAGGCUGGAAUCCCGACCUCACGCAGUUUAGGACGUAG